CAGGCAUGGCACCCGCGCGCGCCUUCCCGGCGCCCACACCUGUCUGAGCGGCGCAGCGAGCCGCGGCCGGGCAGGCUGCUUGGCUCGGAGUGGUGCUCAGCAUGGCGGGGAUUCCAGGGCUCCUUUUCCUUCUCUUCCUUCUCUGUGCAGUGGUGCAGGUGCGCCCCUACGGUGUUCACUGGAAACCGACUUGGCCUGCUUACCGCCUCCCUGUCAUCUUGCCUCAGUCCACCCACAACUUAUCCAAGCCCGACUUCGUGGCCGAGGCCAAAUUGGAAGUGUCCUCCACAUGUGGGCCCCAGUGUCAUAAGGGAACUCCACUACCCACCUACCAAGAGGUCAAGCAAUACCUGUCUUAUGAAACUCUCUAUGCCAAUGGCAGCCGCACAGAGACCCAGGUGGGCAUUUACAUCCUCAGCAAUGGCGGAGGUGGGGCCCAGCGCCAAAACUCAGAGUCUUCAGGAAGGUCUCGAAGGAAGCGGCAGAUUUACGGCUAUGACAGCAGGUUCAGCAUUUUUGGAAAGGACUUCCUGCUCAAUUACCCUUUCUCAACAUCGGUGAAGUUAUCAACAGGCUGCACCGGCACCCUGGUGGCGGAAAAGCACGUUCUCACAGCUGCCCACUGCAUUCACGACGGGAAAACAUACGUGAAAGGAACCCAGAAACUUAGAGUGGGCUUCCUGAAGCCCAAGUUUAAAGACGGCGGUCGAGGGGCCAACAGCUCGAACUCGGCCAUCCCGGAAAAGAUGAAAUUUCAGUGGAUCCGGGUGAAACGCACCCAUGUGCCCAAGGGUUGGAUCAAGGGCAAUGCCAACGACAUUGGCAUGGAUUAUGACUAUGCCCUCCUGGAACUCAAAAAACCCCACAAGAGAAAGUUCAUGAAGAUUGGGGUGAGCCCUCCCACUAAGCAGUUGCCAGGGGGAAGAAUCCACUUCUCUGGUUAUGACAAUGACCGACCAGGCAAUUUGGUGUACCGCUUCUGUGACAUCAAAGAUGAGACCUACGACCUGCUCUACCAGCAGUGUGAUGCCCAGCCGGGGGCCAGCGGGUCAGGGGUCUACGUGAGGAUGUGGAAGAGGCAGCAGCAGAAGUGGGAACGAAAAAUUAUUGGCAUUUUUUCAGGGCACCAGUGGGUUGACGUGAAUGGUUCUCCUCAGGAUUUCAAUGUGGCCGUUAGAAUCACCCCUCUCAAAUAUGCCCAGAUUUGCUAUUGGAUUAAAGGGAACUACCUGGAUUGUAGAGAGGGGUGACAUAGUGUUCCUUCCUGGCAGCACUUCGUGGUCUUCAUGUACUUAUUUUAGGAAAGGCCAAAUUUUGCCAUUGGAGUGUGUGUAUGUGUUUAUAAUGUGUCAUAUAGUAUCUUUUACCUAGUUUUUUAAAAUUGCGAGAUGGCUGGCUUUAUUAUUUGAAAAUUGGUUUGUGUAUCAUAUAUCAUUUAAGCCGUUUGAAGGCAUACUUUUGCAUAGAAAUAAAACUUAUACCGAUGUUUAGGGUCAUGGGGGGAAUUUGGGGAUUAAGUUAAUCUUUCACUUUUUAAGAACUUUGAUUUUUAUUUCAUCUGUCAAAGGUUUAUAUUAAACGUGUGGUGUACAGGAGGUGUAA